AUGGCAAGGUCAACAUUGCAGUACAGUGACUUGCAACUUGGUUCACAGGCCGACCUCGCUGUCUUGGACGCCCGACUCACAGGGCGCCUGGAUGCGGUGGAAAGGCGAGCAGUGAACUAUGGAAUCAUUGCAGACGAUGCAUCAGUUCGGCAAAUCGCAAGUCAGGCCCAAGUGGCAACUAUGCAACCCGCCCAACAGCAUCCAGAGCCAGUCAAUCCGGAAGCCAGUAGUCCGAGUGACCCGCAACCCGUCGCAAAUACUGUGGCAGCUGCUCCUGCGGAGACUCCAGCCGCACCGGAAGCACCAAGUCAGUCCAGCACCGGCUUGCAGCAAGACAGCACCAGGCAAGGUGAUCCCAUUGACAUGAGCGCGAUAUUGUCCGCAGCUGUGGCGGCCGCUUCAGAGGCAGGCACUGCAGCGGCUACGCAGGCUGUUGCAGAAGCAAUGCAGAAAGAACACGGAUUGUACUCAGCACUUCAAGAGGAGAUGCUUGAUGUAAAGAGCAAGGUACAAUUGCUCAACCAAAGUGCCCCGGCCGAAGUACAGGAGGCCCAGGAAGUGCCUCAGGAGGCUCAGGAGACACCUCAGCAAGGUCGACAAACGCAAGCAGAUAGCAUGGAACCAUCGACGGAGGCCACUGCACCAUCUCAGGAGGACCUCGUGGCCAUGCAGGAGAGGCUCAGCUCGGUGGAGGCAGCCGUAAAGCAGGCCGCGCAGCAAGUUGAAGAGCAUCUGCCUCAGAUGAGGGCCGUACCGCAUUUAGAGACCAGCCUGCUUACAAUACAGCAGUCACUCGCGCAACUGCAAUCACUUGCACAGCCCUCGCAGCCCUCGCAGCCCUCACAGCCGCAGCCCACGCCUAGUGACGCAAAGACCGUCACAAGGACAGAAGAAAAGGCCCAAGCAACAUUCUGCAGCGAGCUGCCAGAGCCUGCACCCGAAGAUGCCGGUAGAAACAAGGACAUGAUGGCGCUCUCCGAUGAAGAGCUCGAGAGACUGAUGGCUCGGCUGCAAGAUGUAGAGGAGCUGCAGGAGAAGGCCGAAAGAAGAAUACAGCUCCUGGAAAGUCGCUCACGAGAGGCUCGAAGCCGAAGUGGAUCGAUAAGCUUGGACAGAAAGUCGCCAGCCAUCCGCAGCACAGCAUCCAAGACUUCUGAGCCACCGUCCGGUGGAAGUCUCGGCGGCUCAUGGAAGGAUGUUCAGGCUGAGCUGGAGCGCUUCCGCAAGCUUUUUGAAUUCAUAGAGGUUCGGUGCUUCUGGCGUGACGCGGCAGAAGCCAUGCGCUUCUUCAACCGGCGCCAAGCAGGUGCAGAUGCACCACAGUUUGUGGACAUCUAUGGCUGA